CAUCUUAUUCUUCAUGUCAAACAUUUACAUGUGUAUUCAUAAUUCACAACAUGGUCGAUUAUUUCUCAAACUCUAAUCCAGGAAUUUGUGAUAAAAAUGGUGAGAAAAAUGAUUUAAAAAAUUCUAUUAAUCCAUCAUUGAAGAAACAAGAUCAAAUUUUGUCUCCUGAAGAUGUAGCCUCUGAUACUUUGACAAGUCUUUUCAGUGAAACUGCAGGAUGUUUAAGCAACCAGCGAUAUAUCAAAGCACCUAUCAUUCGGCUAUCAACGAAUCAACAUGCAGCUUCUUCUUUAAUUAUGGCAUUAGUUAUGCUAUUCAUUGCUUCCAUGCAAAAUAGAGUAGAAACUAAUCUUUUAAAUAACGUGGAAAUGAAUAUGCUCUCAAUGAUUAAUUCUAAAACAAUACACUUUUCUUCAUCUACUUUGGAUACAUUUCAUAUAAUGUUUAAAUGCUGCGGAGCAAAAGGCAAUUUGGAUUGGUGUAAAAACGAAAAAUUUCUUAAGGGAAUCAAUUUCAAAACUGAUCAAAUGAAUUCUAUAAAUCUUUUAGGUCUUUACAUUUGCCAUAUCCCGAUAUCUUGUUGUGCAUCAUCUGUCGACGAAUAUAAUGUAUCUGUUGUUUCAAAUGGCCAAAAAUCAUGCUCAUCAUACCCAACACCAUGGAAUACCUAUCGUCCUGGAUGUUUAACACCAUUAAAACUUGAAGUAUAUUACAUGGGUACAUUAUACAGGGUUAUAUGCUUCACGACUAUCAUAGUAUUGCUUUUAUCUAUGGCAUCUUCAAUACUUCUCUGCAUUUAUCCGUAAAGUAAUCAUAGUAUGAAGUAUAAAAAACAAUCGCAUAAUAUAAAAAAAAUUACGAAAAAAAGAAAUUUUUCUUAAUAUAAAAUUCGUAUCAAUGUGUGUGGCAUAAAGGAAAAGAUAUCCUGUUCUAAUAACUAGGUUAUUAUCAUUUACGUAGAAAAUAUAACACGUCUAAUGUAAAUCUAAUUGAUUUAUAAACGAAAAAUUAUAUAAACGAACAUAUAUAUAUAUAUAUACAAAUAUUUAAAUUAUUAUAUUACUCACAGAAUUUUUCCAACAUUCUCGCACGUUCCGAUACCAACUAUGACAUUGUUGCCAGUACCUCUCGACGUAAUUCAAACUAACCGCGCAAGUUUUCGAACGAAUGAAUUUUCCUUUUUCUAUUUCAAAAAAAUAACCUACAAAAUAAUUCCUCAGAUAAAUCACCUCGUAAAAAUAU